UAAGCUUCAAAUAAGCUUCAAACUAUUUUCUUCACUUAUUUCUCAAAUAAUUAACUCCCCAAAAAUGCUAACAGCGGAUAACAGAAGAGUGGGAAGAUGGUACUUUGGCGGUCUCGCUGGAUGCUGUGCUGCAUGUUUCACACACCCCUUAGAUUUGCUUAAAGUACACUUACAAACACAACAAGAAGGAAAACUUUCACUUCCACAGACGUGCAAAAAAAUAUACAAAUCUGACGGAUUGUUAGGCUUCUACAAUGGCUUGUCCGCUUCACUAUUACGUCAGUUAACGUACACAACUACUCGUUUUGCAGUCUAUGAAACAGUUAAAAUGCAGUAUUCUGAAGGAAAUUUGUCUUUUAUUCAGAAAAUGGCUUUGGCUGGGGCUGCAGGAGCUGUUGGAGGUGUUGCCGGUUCCCCAGCCGAUUUAAUUAACGUUAGGAUGCAGAACGAUAUUAAAUUGCCUGCCAACCAGAGAAGGAAUUAUAAAAAUGCGAUUGAUGGGAUUAUUAGAAUGAGCAAGGAAGAAGGCGUCGCUAAACUUUUCAAUGGGUGUACAAUGGCAACUGGAAGAGCUAUUUUAAUGACUAUUGGGCAAUUGUCUUUUUAUGAUCAAAUUAAACAGAUGCUAAUAAAAGCAAAUUUGGCAAAAGACAAUAUCUACACCCAUUUGUUUUCUUCUUUCCUAGCGGCUUCUGGUGCGACUGUUCUUACUCAACCUAUGGAUGUAUUGAAAACGCGUUUAAUGAAUGCACCACCUGGUCAAUUUAAAGGUUUAUUGGAUUGCUUUUUGUAUACAGCAAAAUUGGGGCCGCUUGGAUUCUUUAAAGGCUUCUUCCCUGCGUGGGUUAGACUUGCUCCACACACAAUUUUGCUUUUUGUCUUCUUCGAACAAUUUAGAAUGCGGUUGGGAUAUAUUCCUGAAGAGAAGCUAAAGUCUAUAGAGAAAGAGGUUUUUUUUAACAAUUUUUUAAAGACACCCAAAAAGGAAUGGGAUCAAAUGUCAUCUGACCCUCCCACUUGA